AUGGGUGGCUACGAAAGUGUAAGCAUCUUCGUCUACGUGCUGGGCGGAGUGGUUGCUGCAAUAUUUGUCGUCAUAUGCCUUUGCAUCUGCAAAACCCAAUGUUGUGCAAACAGCAGCACAAAGAAACGUGGCUACAAGAAGCGUUCCCGUCCGGAUUUCUUCGGCUAUCACCACGACCCUUCUUUUGGCUGGACGACGGACAUUGAAGGCGGUUAUGGGAGCAGCCAUUCUGAUGGCAGCUUUCACGACACUGUUGGCAAUGGUGGCGGAGAUUGUGACAGCGGUGGAGUUGGUGACAGUGGUGGAGGGGGUUGUGACAGUGGCGGAGGGGGUUGCGACAGUGGCGGAGGGGGUUGUGACAGUGGGGGAGGGGGUUGUGACAGUGGGGGAGGUGGCUGUGACAGCGGCGGAGGUGGCUGUGACAGCGGCGGAGGCUGCGACUGA